UGCUGUGAGAGGGAGCAGUGGAGAGAAGGGACGAGCAGAAGGAGGCAAGGGAGGGGGUGGGGUAGAUGUUCUAACCAGGGAUUAAGCGGUCGAGAGCGGUCCUCGCUCACUGACAGCAUCCAGCCCAAACACUCACCCAUACGCACGCCCCGUCCCACACGGAUCUCGUAGAACUGUAUCAAGCGUUUGCAACUUUUUCUAUUCUUCUUCAUCGUGAACGGACCACACCGGUCCACACCCCCCUUCGAGAUCCCUUACUGAACCACGAGGGUCAAGUCCUGAUUGGUCCUGAUGUUUGUGAGGACCCUCCUUCUCCUGGCCUCAACCAAUCCCCACUUUGAAGAUGUGAUGUCCAGCCAAACACGGCAUCUUUUAUGUUCGGAGGCCAAUAGCGUUCAAGCUACACCCAGUUAGAUGGAGGAGGGUGAAAGAAGUCGGAGUCGCUCUCCACGGCGGGCCAGUCGGGUGGAGCAGGUGGUGGGAAGAUGGCUGCGCCGUUCCAGAGACUCGCUCAGCAGGGAGCGGAUACUGGACGGAAAGUCGGAGCGCUCCGGCAAUUCGGGUCAACAGAACUUCCCGGUGAAAGUGACGGUGGAGAUCAUCCGUGAUGAGGUGCUGGACUCUCACGGCUUCGUCAUCUCCACCCAGCAGCCCCUGCUGGUCAGGGAUGUCACUGCAGGAGGUCCUGCUGAUGGGAGGCUUUUACCUGGAGACCAACUUCUUAAGGUCAAUAACACAACUGUGGAGGACCUGCCCCCUGACCAAGUACAGGAGAUGAUUGGGGACAGUCAAGGGUCAGUGGUCGUCACAGUCCUGAGGCUCAUGUCAGUUCCAAAAUCUUCCUUGAUGACGGCGGAAAAGAAAGCUCGUCUGAGGAGAAAUCCAGUGAAGGUUCGCUUCGCUGAGGAGGUGCUGGUCAACGGACACACUCAGGGAAACUCUCUGCUCUUCCUUCCGAACGUUCUGAAGGUCUACCUGGAGAAUGGCCAGACCAAGGCCUUUAAGUUUGACAACACCACCACUGUUAAGGACAUUAUCAUGACCCUGAAGGAUAAGCUGUCCAUCCGCUCCAUUGAGUACUUCUCCCUGGUGCUGGAGCAGCAGUACAGCAUCACCAAGCUGUUACUCCUGCACGAGGAGGAACUCAUACAGAAGGUGGUGCUGAAGAAGGGUUCCCAUGACUACAGAUGUCUGCUCAGAGUCUGCUUCAUCCCCAGAGACCCGCUCGACCUGCUGCAGGACGACCCUGUGGCUUUUGAAUACCUCUUCCAUCAGAGUGUGGGGGACGUGCUGCAGGAGCGCUUUGCAGUGGAGAUGAAGUGUAACACGGCCCUCAGACUGGCUGCUCUGCACAUCCACGAGAGACUGGCCAGCAGCGGACAAACCCAAAGGGCAUCUGUCAAGAGCAUCUCUAAGGAGUUUGGGUUGGACAGCUUCAUAUCUCCUACUCUGAUGAGAAACAUGAGAGAGAAGGACCUGAGGAAAGCGCUGAACUACCACCUCAAGAAGAUCCAGUCUCUAUUGGAGCCUCGACAGAAGGUGAUCUCGACGGACCAGGCCAGACUAGCAUACCUGACUCAGAUGGCAGAGCUCAUAUCGUACAGCGGCAGGUCCUACAAUGCCACCAUGCUGCUUCAGGACAGGGAGUCUGUGGUGAACCUGCUGGUGGGAGCGAGGUAUGGCAUCAGUCAGAUCCUCAAUCACAAGCUCAACAUGAUCUCCACCAUCAUCGACUUCCACUACAUCACACGGGUGGAGCUGCUCUCCGAGUCCGAGAGAGUGAGCAUGCUCAAGAUCUACCUUCAGGAUAUCAAGCCGUUGGCUUUACUGAUGGAUUCUGUGGCUGCUAAAGACCUGGCUUGCCUGUUGGCGGGUUAUUGUCGGCUGCUCGUUGACCCAAACAUGAACGUGUUCCGCUGGGGUGGUCGACCAAAAAUGCGCCGCAUCCCCGUUGAAGAAGAAUAUUUGUCACGUUGCGGUAGCGACUCGGAGGACUCGUCAGACGAAGACUAUCCCAUGGACGCUCAGCUCUCAGAAGACACACACUCCGUAGAGAUAUACAACCGCAGAGAUCCACAGGACGAUGAAGACCAGGCUAUAGGUGGGGGGAUAGAAAGAACGAAUGGCAAGAGAGGGAAAGUGAGCGUGAUCGUGACGGAGGCACAAAACGAGGAUGAGGAGAACGGUAACAUGAGAAGCAAGGCCAAGGCAAGUUCUGCAGAGAACGACGAAGAGAUAUCACUGGAGGCGUUUCUGGACACAGCCUGGUGCCACACCGACCCGCGCGUCAACAGCAGCUUCUCCAGCCUGUCGAGCAACUCCCUGAGCACUAUGGAGGAGAACUUCAGGGCUGCGAACCGUUCUCAAGCCCAAGCCCAGCUGGAUACCUUGCAGGAGAAGAGCAAAGCCUCCAGUCAAGCCUCCAGCCAAGCGUCCAGCAUAGACGUCCACAGCCCAUACCUCCUAGACAUCCCUGGACGGCUGGACAUGUCAGUCUCUGAGGUGGCACAGAGACCUUCCCAACUGGUUUACGAUCAUGAAGCAGACCUGUGCUAUGCAGACCUCUCCCAAGCGGACUCUCUCCCGAGCCCACCUGAGGCAACCGAUGACGAGCUGGACGACGACAGCAGGAUGGAGGACGAUGACGGGAGCCUCAGGCCGAUCCCGAGGACACUGACUCGCUGGAACACCCAGCUGGUGACAUGUGACGAUGACAGCCUGCAGGACACGGAGGACAAUGACAUCAGCAUCCAUGCGGUUUUAACCCGAAGUUACAGCCGUGAAAGUAGAAAGCAAGGCUAUAACUUGACUCUCCAGGAGGAGAUAUUUGGGCAGAUCUUCGCCAAUGAAGACAUAUCCCCGCGGAGAGAGAAGGCAUCCAGGGUUCCCCAGGCUGCUGGAAGCAUCAGAGACAGUGUGUCAGAAUCAGAAGAUGAGUUUUUCGAUGCCCAGGAUCGUUUCACUCCACCAAUAGCAGAACAGGAACAGAGAGAUAUGAACAAUACACCCAGAUCCCUGAACGUAAACCACAUCAACAUGAGGAAGAUUGCGAAAGCAGCCGCUCACGUAAACGGCAGACCGCAGGAGGAAGACGAGCAGGAGGAGGACAGAGAUGACCGUUCCUCUGUAUCUUCUUUCCCCCAGAGCCAGUCUGCUGUCGACUCUGACGCAGACUCCCUGUCAGGGGGCCCUCUUACCUCCUUCCCCACGGUGGCCUGCCUGCUGAAUGAAGCUGAGGAGAAAGAACAUCCGGAGCCCAAUCCGACGAAGGACCACGUCGCGUUGCAACAAGGGAUUCAGCACUCUCAUGGUCAGUGCAACGGAGACAUACCGGGUAGGAACACACGCAUGUCCUCAGAGCUGCUGGAAAUGGAGCCGGACACCAUGGAGUUUAAACCGGUCACCUCCACUGGCCCGUCUCGCACGUCUCCACUCAUUACUGCGGUGCGUCAAACCCAGGUGUCACCUAGCUCUACUGAGAGUACAAGGAACGCAGAGAAGGAGACAAAACAGGCAAAUGGGAUUCUCCCACCUGCAAGGCUUAAAAAUCAUCUCCUCCUGAAAGUCCUUGGUCCAGAGGACGUGCAGGCUCCUACUCAGAGUAGUGUCUCUGAGGCUCCUGGAGGUGACACAGUGGAAAAAGAGCGCUCUCCUGUUUCAGUUCACGGAAGAGGGGGUCGGAAGUCGCCACAGGCAUUAUACCCUCCUCCGAGGAAAGAGGCAAUCCUUACUCCAACCAGCCAGUCUCCCACUUCAACCCCUCCAUCUCCCUUUCGUCAUCUGAAAUCAGCUUCCCCAGUCCAACUAGAGUGUGAUAAGAAAGUUACCUCGCUCCCCAGCAUCCCCAAUGGUCUGACCUUUCACCCCUGGGAACAGAGGAAUGGGGUGACCCCAGCUCCUGGCUUAAGCAAAGGGGUCUCCCUCAGCCAUGAAAACCUGCGGACGGAAAAGACAGACGCCCCCAAAAUGAGAAUGGGCAGUGCAUCCACCACACCGACACCCACUCCCUCCCCACUGGUUCCUGUCAGAAAUCCUAUCAGUGGAGACCCGUCUAAGGACUCAGUGGGGACAACUUCACCAGGCCUCGGUACCAGAAACGGAUCCUCAGGUCGCCUCUCCACAGCAGCUCUUCGCGGGAGGAUCCAGGAUCUUCCCUGGUACCUGACCCGUUCUCAAGAGAUCCUCGGUACCGCCGCGCUCGAGACCAGCUCUGCUACUGAGGAGGUCCAAAAUCAGACUGAGCCUGCAGGACCCAAAGCAAUCAAGAGCCUCCCAGCAGCUGUGGCAGUGAAAAAGACAAAAGAAGAAGUUGCAGAGGUGGUCAUCGCUAAGUUGAAAGAUGGACCAGAGGAAGUGAUGCCAGUUCAGAAAGAAACCAAUGGGAAACCGGGAGCUCAUCCGAGCUUUGUGGAAAAGAAUGAGAUAUACAGGCAUUUGGGUUCUUGCAAGUGUGAACAGCCCCAGUCUAACAGAGAUACGUAUCCUGCUACCAGUCCUGAUGGUCCUCCGGCCCCCAUUGCCAAUCCCAACAGCGAACCAUGCGGAUGUCGCACAGUUUACGCUAACUGCUUUAGCGGGGACGCGGAGGACAGCUGCGGCUUUGACGAUGAUAUGACAGUGUACGAGUUCUCCCGUCGUACACAAGCCAAGAAACCCCCACCUCCACCACCUCCCCAACCAGUGCCCCCCACCUCAGCCUCCGAUCCCUCUCCCAAUGUCCUGUCUCUGCUGAGAGACACGCCAAACCCCCUCUCCACGUCUUCGGAGCUCAGUCCUCUCUUGACCCCUCCACGGCCGCUGGAACCUCGACCGCUGGAGCAGGGGCUGCUGGGGCAUCCCUUACGCUCUCUGCAAGGCCGGCGCUAUGGCACUGGGCAGAGGGGUGCCAGCCUGAAAGCGGGCUACGCUGCCCUGCGGAGUGACAUCGACGAGCUGCUGUCCGUGCUAGCGGCCAGCAUGCCAGCAGCAGUAGCAGUGUCCCCGUCGGGACGUAAGGGGAGUUGUGGCGAGUCCGGCGGAACAAACGGGCACUCUCUCUCAGACGCUGAGCGCUGCCUUCUACAGACGGAGGCCCGAAGGUUGGCCUCGGGUUGCCAGCGAGCCACGCGGGUAGGGUGGGCACCUGACGAUGCCCUCCUGUCGCUAGGCAACAGCUUCAGUGCCCUGGUGUACCUGUCUGCCGCCUGCUUGCGUGUCUCCUGCGCACAUUGCGGGGGGUCCCAUAGCGACAUAGAUGGCAAGGAGGCGCUAGAGAAACUUCAGGAGAUCGUGGGACUGUACAAGGAGUUUGUCGCCGCGGUCGAGACUGCAAGGGAGGGAGAAGGUGUCAGGGUGCUGGCCAAACAAUGCACUGUCCUCAUCUCCACUGUCUUCUCCCUCACUCAGCUGUUUAGGAUGCGUACGCCAGACAGGGACUACGGGCUCUCAACUCUGAGCUUCUGAACUCGUCGACCGUGAUGUGAACAAGUGAAAAUGAAGUGCAUGCACUCGAGAGUUUUAAACACUGAGACUGCGGAUGUAGCAAGGAGCACCUGAAGGAGGCCUCUCAGAGGUCCAGUAACACUGGGCCAGAUGUGGUGCUGCUCGCGUCGCGCGGGUGCUGGCACACAGUGCUGGGUCAGUACAAGUGCUUGUAGGUUGCACAUCCUGCACGCUGUACACACUGGCUCUCCGACUGACUGAGAACGUCUACAAGGAGAUAACAUCAGCCCGUUUGAGUGGCAGCCUCCUCAGUGACUUCACCAAGUGCAGUCUCCUUACGAACUUGCGUGGGUUAUGCAUUUGUACAGAUCUAUUUUCUAACAAUGUACUUUGUUUCUUCGAUUAUGUACAGUAUGUAUUUAUGUAUUUAUUUUUACAUUCAGUACACUACAUGUAUGUGUGCACGACAGUUUCUUACAUACAGAAAGCUCACUUGUUACAGUCCCUCCUCAACAGUAAUAAGUUGUUGUACUUGUUCUUCUUCUUGUGAGUAAUAUCCUACCUCCUAAUCUGACAGUCGUUAAAACCCAAGGAAAACUGACAGUAUUAUAUUCCUCUGUUUUAUUUUAGUUUUGCUGCUCUGGUCCAUUUCAGAUACUCCCAGGCUUUAGGGACGAACCUGAAAUCAACUCACCUUCCUUUCCUCUCUCACCCCUGACUAAUAGUGUACAGCCGGUAGUUAUACAAAUGCAUAUAUGCAGUAAUAUAUUAGUCCAUCCAAAGGUGUUCGGCACUGGGGAGGGGGACAAAUGGGAGGGUAGGGUACUGAUGAGAUGAUGCUAUGUUAUAUAUGUAUGUAUGUAUUGUCUGUAAGUAAGAAGGUUUGGCUACUGUUUUUUUUGUUGUUGUUGUUCUUCUUCCUCUUUAUUUUUUGGCACAUUAACGGACUGUUAAAUGUUGUGACCAGAGGGAUUCAAAAACUAAAUAGCACAAAGAUUUGUUCCCGGAUAGUGGAAGAGACCUGGCUCAGGUCAGUUUUGAUUAGUGCUGUUUCUCACUGAGGUCUUCACACAUUUUUUUAUUAUUUAUUUUUUUAUUUUUCAGGCUACAACAUAAGCCUUUUGGCUCCUCAAAUUGUCCUUAAUUUUUGACUAUGCAAGUGUCAAUUGUUUUUGAAUAUUUUCCCACAUAUCAUGUUUUGAUUCUUUAAAACGAAAAAAAAAAGAUCUGUUAAUGAUCUCUAAGCUUCUAUUUGUUAAAAAAAAGAGGGCUUCCCUAGCAAACCCAAGCCUUAUUCUUGAUCCAUGGGGAUCUUUCUAAAGAUGUUUACUAUCAGUAUGAAUUUUUAGUUGGAUGCAAUUGAAGUAUGACUUUGCUAUUUAGCCCCAAUUUGCCUUGACGCUGUUUUAACAAAAUAUUUGGUGACACAACAGUCUAUCCUCUUAUCCUAGCUGUUCCUGCACCGUUAUGCAGCUUCAGGUUUAAAUACAGAAUACAGUGACUGCUGUUCAGUAUACAGUGACUGCUGUUCAGAAUACAGUGACUGCUGUUCAGUAUACAGUGACAGCUUUUCAGUAUACAGUGACAGCUUUUCAGUAUACAGUGACUGCUGUUCAGUAUACAGUGACUGCUGUUCAGAAUACAGUGACUGCUGUUCAGUAUACAGUGACUGCUGUUCAGUAUACAGUGACUGCUGUUCAGUAUACAGUGACUGCUGUUCAGAAUACAGUGACAGCUGUUCAGUAUACAGUGACUGCUGUUCAGUAUACAGUGACUGCUGUUCAGAAUACAGUGACAGCUGUUCAGUAUACAGUGACUGCUGUGCUACUCUUCAGGGCCACAAGGCAUUCUAGCUGGCAUUUUCUAGGGCAGAUAUAUUUUAUUGUAAUAUCAGCCACAUGACUUGGUAUGUUUUUAAAAAUCAACACUUAGGAGAUGAACAACGUUAUUGUGUCUCUGUCCUCAACCAAGUCUAUUGGGUAGAAAUGUCCAGCAGCAGAGUGAUGCUGCAGAGGGGUGGAGAGCCUGAGGAGCUGCUGUGUCAGCCUUGUCAUCACAACAGCAAAAGGGAUUCAAUGAAACCGUUGCCCUUGGAGCGGUUCUGAUUCUGACCUGGCCCAGUUGAGGCCGGGAUCCUGCCCAAAGGCAGCUGCUGUUUUUGGACCUGCUGUCUUGGACACAAAGGGACAGUGAGUGCAAGUUGGGUGAGCCUAAAAAAAAUAGCAUCGGAGGUCAGUGAUUCAUUGACCCAGCAGCGUUCAUUUGCUUCUGUUUUGGUAGCAUGCUAGCACAUGUUAAUAAGCCGUGUCUGCACAGUCUCCUUAUUUAUCAUAUCAAAAAAUAGCACCUCCUAACAAAUGCAUUCCCAUAUUAAAAAGCAGCCUCCUACUGCAAUGACUAGACCUUAUUUGCCAUAUGUAGCCAAUAAAAGCUGAGGUUGUAUGAUGAGAGUUGUGUAUGGUGUGUUGAAUGAAUUGCAGUCAUUAAGUGCACAAGAGGAGGGGAACCUCUUAGAAGCCAUACCUGAAAGAACUAGAAGGGGUAAUGAAGAAACCAGUUUUUUUAAUGAAAAAGAAAAAGACAUAAAGGAAAAGUCACAGUUGUGUGGGAUUUUUUGCAAUCUUUCAGUAGCAUUAAUAAUAAAUAGGAACAUUUGGAAAACUAA